AGCACCACCGAAGACAAGGUAACCAUGACCAUCAACACCACCCAUAACUGCACUGAGCCCCAGAUUAACCUCAUUUUCGUGGGGGUCUACGUCAUUGUCUUCACCGUCGGCCUCUUCCUCAAUCUCACAGCACUGGUAGUCUUCUUCUGUUAUACCAAGUUGUGGUCCCACACCAUGGUCUACAUGACAAACCUGGCCAUCGCAGACCUCCUCCUGGUCCUCACUCUGCCCCUGAGGAUCUACUACCAUCUGGGCUUGUCCGGGUUACCUCAGGUCUUGUGUGAAGGGAUGGGCCUGGUUCUUCUGGUCAACAUGUAUGGCAGCAUAUUCCUCCUCACCUGCAUGUGUUUCGACCGCUGCAUGGCCGUGUGCCUACCCAUGUUGUCCUGGGUCCAGGUGGGGCGUAAGAAAGCCCCGCUGGUCUGCCUUGGGGUGUGGCUGCUCACCGCAGGCGCCAGCCUCCCCAUCUACAUCUCCAAACGCAGAGAGGUGUCCAAGGACAUCGAGGUCAAUUGUUUCGGGAACCUCCCAGUCUACGCCAUGCAGCCCAUGGCGGUCGCCUCGACUUUAACCGUCGGCUUCGGCAUCCCCUUAUUGGUGAUGUUAGUCUGUUCCUGGGCAUUGAUCCAGGCCAUCACAAGGAGCUCCAUAGCCCAAACAGACUUCAUCGACUCUGGGAAGAUUCAGAGGAUGAUCACCAUCAGCCUGGUGAUAUUCCUCACCUGUUUCCUGCCCUACCAUGGGACUCUGGCCCUCCUCUAUGUCCAUAGGGAGGCGAUAACAUGCCCCCUUCUGGCAGCAUACCACUAUAGCCUAAUGGUGGCCUGUCUGAAUGCCAUGUUGGACCCACUAGCCUACUACUUCACAACAGACACGUUCAGGAGGAAGAUGGAUAAGGAUUCUAUCAGAAGGAUGUUCCCUGUAAACAGUCACAGCUCUGAGGGGAUCAACAUGAGGGGAUCCAGGGGACCUGUCAAUACCUGAAAGAAUCAUAAAACACGGGACGAGAUGUUAAAAACUGUCCAUUGUGCCAAUAGAUGGAAUGCACUCACAUGAGAUUUGCCGUGAUGUGAUGUUGACAGAGUGGCAUGGGAGGUUUAUUUCUUAGACUGGGGUAAGAUGUCAAUUUUGGG